AUGGCGGCCCCCGAGGCCUGGGGCCGGCCCGAGCCCCUCGGCCGCCUCCGCCCGCGCCAGGCGGCGCCGGGGAAGGCCGGGGUGCAGGCCGGGCGCAGAGACGGGGGGCGCCGGAGCGGCUCGGGGCCGGCCCCGGCCGGCGCCCCGCACGCCGAGCUGGAGCCGCCCUCGGCGGGCGAGCGGUUCGCCCUCCCGGGGCAGGCCGCGCCCGUCGGGCUGCCGGGCGCCGAGGCCGCGCUGCUGUGGCUCGGGCCGCCCGUGCCCGGCGCGCCGCCGUGCCUGGCCCUGGGCGCGCCCGAGCCGCCGUGCCCGCCGGGCGGCCUGGAGGUGGCCGAGCUGUACCUGCUGGAGGGGACCCCGGCCCUGGUCCUGGGCGUCGACGCCCCCGAGGCAGCAGCGGGCCGCCAGGCAGAAGGCGCGGCGUUCACCGAGCUUGAGGAAGGUCAGCAGCAGCCACCUGAAGGAGGACUGGCCGCCAGCACUCAGGAGCAGUUCUUCCUCUUGCAAGUGAGGCCCGGGGAUGAAGGAAAAGAUGAAAUGAUUCUGACAAUUUCCAACUUAAAAGUUGAAGCACAGCCAGAGAGACUGACCACCGGUCUAGCCAAUGUGGAAAAGCCCACAGCCAGGAACAGCCAGAGGGAGACAGUGGACACAAAAUGCGCCUUCCGCUGCAGCGUCUGCCCAUUCGCCACCUCGGGGAUCUCGAGUCUGAACCGCCACAUGAAAACGCACACCAGCGGGAAGGCACACGAGUGCCACCUCUGCCAGAAGGCGUUCCGCACCGUCACGCUCCUACGCAACCACGUCAACACGCACACAGGAACCAAGCCCUACAAGUGUGUGGAGUGCAGUGCGGCGUUUGUGACCAGCGGGGAGCUGGUGCGUCACCGGCGCUACAGACACACCCACGAGAAGCCCUUCCGCUGCUCGCUCUGCCAGUAUGCCAGCGUGGAGGCCAGCAAGCUGACCCGCCACAUCCGCUCGCACACGGGCGAGCGCCCCUUCCAGUGCCACCUGUGCAGCUACGCCAGCAAGGACGCGUACAAGCUGAAGCGCCACCUGCGCACCCACUCAGGAGAGAAGCCGUACGAGUGCCAUGUCUGCCACGCCCGCUUCACCCAGAGCGGCACCAUGAAGAUGCACGUGGCUCAGAAGCACAGUGAGAAUGCGCCCAGACACCAGUGCCCCCGCUGCGCCACCCUCAUCGCCAGGAAGAGCGACCUGCGUGUGCACCUGCGCAACCUGCACGGCUACAGCACCACGGAGCUCACGUGCCGCCACUGCCCCGCCACCUUCCACGAGCGCUACGCCCUCCUGCAGCACCAGCGGAGCCACAAGAACGAGAAGCCGUUCGUGUGCCAGCACUGCGGCUACGCCUGCAAGCAGGAGCGGCACCUGGCAGCCCACAUGCGCAUCCAUACGGGAGAGAAGCCCUUCGCCUGCCCGGCCUGCGGCAGAUGCUUCCGGCAGACCCAGCUGCUCAGUGUGCACGUGAAGAAGUACCACGAUCCCAGCUUCGUCCCCACCGCCCACCAGUGCCCCGGGUGUGGCAAAGGCUCUCCCGCAGGACCACGAAAGCAAGCUGGUGUUUCACAGCUGCGCAAACGCCGGGGUUGGCUCCAGACGUCCUCCACGCUCCUGCUGUCCACACGGCAUAACAUGCACCGCCACGCGGAGCAGUGUGGCCUGGCACCGGAGCACCCCGGCCUCUCGGGCGAGGGUUGCGCGGGGAAGAACGCGCCGGCGGACCCCGGACCCACGGGCUGCAGGGAUGAUGGCGCUGCCGGGGAGAGCCGCCCCAUGCGGGCGGAGCCGGAGGCGGUGCAGCGAGUUGAGAGCAGCAGCAUGGCCACGUGA